CAACGCGUACAACAUGGUACUCCAUAAGUAGACACGGCGACCGCCUGUACGCCGGGCUGGUGACCACCAUGACGAACCACCUCAAGGGCGUGGCGGCUGCUAUAGAGGCCGCACACGGGCCGCUCUUUCUCAACGAGCUCGAUGCGAGGUGGCACGACUACGGCAAGUCGCUGCAGAUGAUCCGAGACAUUCUAAUGUACAUGGACCGAACCUACGUGACCAAUCACAACAAGACACCUGUGCACGACCUCGGCCUCGCUCUCUGGCGCGACCACAUCGUGCGCGCCCCCGCCAUCCGCCCGCGCCUCCUCUCCACCAUCCUCUCCCUCGUCCACCAAGAGCGCUCGGGGGAAGUGAUUAACCGCGCGCUCAUGCGAUCCAUAUCGUCCAUGUUCGCCGAUCUCGGCCCGGCGGUGUACUCGGAAGAUCUGGAGCGUCCGUUUCUGGAGGCGUCGGCGUCGUUUUACCGCGGCGAGGCGCAGCGCCACCUGACGACGUGUGAUUGCGCGGAUUAUCUCAAGGUGGCGGAGAGGAGGUUGGAGGAGGAGGGGGAGCGCGUGGCUCAGUACCUGGAUGCGCGCACGGAGGGGAAGGUGACUGGCGUGGUGGAGCGCGAGAUGGUGGGGAACCACCUCAGGUUGCUUGUUGAUAUGGAGAACUCUGGGCUCGUUCCCAUGCUCGUGAACGACAAAUACGAGGACAUAGCGCGCAUGUACCGCCUGCUCAAGCGUGUGCCGCAGGGGCUGCAGACGAUGAGGGAGGUGAUGUCGGGGCAUCUCAGGGAGACGGGCCGGCAGCUAGUCACUGAUCCGGACAGGUGCAAGGACCCAGUCGAGUUUGUUCAACGCCUGCUAGAGGAAAAAGACAAGUACGACCGCAUAAUCGCUGCCUCGUUCGCCUCCGACAAGACCUUUCAGACGGCACUCAGCACGGCCUUUGAGUUCUUCCUCAACCUCAACGCGCGCGCUGCAGAGUACAUCUCUCUCUUCAUAGACGACAAGCUGCGCAAGGGGCUCAAGGGGGCUAGCGAGGAGGAGGCAGAGGCUGUGCUGGAUAAAGUCAUGACUCUGUUCCGGUUCCUGCAGGAGAAGGACGUUUUUGAGAAGUAUUAUAAGCAGCACUUAGCUAAGCGCCUGCUGUCGGGGAAGACGGUUUCGGAUGACGCAGAGCGGAGCUUUAUUGUGAAGCUGAAGACUGAGUGUGGGUACCAGUUCACUUCGAAACUGGAGGGCAUGUUUCUGGACAUGAAAACGUCUCAGGAUACGAUGCACGCGUUUCACUGCGCUCUGCAGGCGGAAGCAGCGGCGGCGGCGGCGGCGGCGGGAGGAGGGGGAGUGGGGGAAGAGAGGGGGGGUGGGGAGGGAGAGGUAGAGGAUCCGGCUAGUGGGGUUGCUGCUGCUGCUGCUGGGGCUGCUGCUGGGGGUGGUGCCGCGGCUGCUGGGGGGGCUUUGCGGGAGGAAGGAGGGGAUGAGGGCGGGGAGGAGGAAGGGGAAGGGUCGGCACGCGGAGGAGCAGCAGCUGCUGCAGCAGCGCUCCGCACCGAACCAGAUCUCGCCCUCGCCGGACCGUCCGGCACGGCAGCAGGCUCGGGAGCCGGCUCGUCGUCAUCAUCAGCCGCAGGAGGGGCGGCAGCGGGUGGAUUAUUCCAAGGGCCGACUCUUUCGGUGCAGGUGUUAACUACCGGGUCGUGGCCCACACAGGCGGGCGCCAGAUGCAACCUCCCUGGGGAAAUCCUCCCCAUAUGCGAGAAGUUCACAAGGCACUACCUGACGACGCACACCGGGCGGCGGCUGACGUGGCAGAUGAACAUGGGGCAUGCGGACGUGAAGGCCACAUUUGAGUCGCGGAAAUACGAGCUGUCGGUUUCGACCUACCAGAUGUGCAUUUUGAUGCUCUUCAAUACGCACGACUCCCUCACUUAUCGGGACAUAGAAGCAGCCACGGACAUCCCAUCAGCCGACCUGCGCCGCAACCUGCAGUCGCUGUCGCUGGUGCGAGGCAAGAACGUGCUGAGGAAGGAACCCGUGGGGAAGGAGGUGGGGGAUGACGACACGUUUCAUUUCAACCACAAGUUCACCUCCAAGUUCUUCAAGGUGAAGAUUGGGACCAUCUCGGCCCAGAAGGAGACGGAGCCAGAGAAGGCAGAGACGAGGCAGAAGGUGGAGGAGGACAGGAAGCCGCAGAUAGAGGCCGCCAUUGUGCGCAUCAUGAAGUCACGACGCAUGCUGGACCACAACAACCUUGUCAGCGAGGUAACAAAGCAGCUGCAAGCACGAUUCCUUCCCAACCCGGCAGUGAUCAAGAAGCGCAUAGAGAGCCUCAUAGAGAGGGAGUUUCUGGAGCGCGACCGCAACGACCGCAAGCUCUACCGUUACCUCGCCUAA